CCCUAUUGUUUCCUCGCUUUGGUAGUGUUCUCGAUCUCAGUCUUCAGACGACUAUAGACGAGCUCUGAACCAUGGCUUCUUCGUGGACUGCCAAGGCGGCUCGUCAAGCCGCAACCGUCGCUAGGAUCUACUCUCCCAAGCCAACGCCUCAAGCCGGGAGCCUCGUCCAGCGCCGGGGCCUCGCCGGCGCUGCUGAUCACCAUGGGCCGCCAAGAGUUAAUUUCUGGCAAGACACGAUGUCUCCAUCUAAAUGGAAGGAAGAGCAUUUUGUGAUUGUCUCCUUAUCUGGCUGGGGUUUGCUUUUCUUUGGGGGAUAUAAGUUAUUCAGUGGAGGCAAGAAAGACAAUGAAGAGAAAUUGGCGGAAGCAGCACAAUAGGAUUGCAAGUUUAAUGCCAUUGUCAAGAAACUCUCACAAUAACAUGUUGGCUUCAAUUCCUAUUCUCAUGCAGUUACAGUUCUUUGUUUGAGGCAUAGUUCAAUUUCAUGGCCCUUUUGUAUCAAGACUACUGGAUAUGAUGGGUAUGGAUUGUCGAACAUUACAUUGUUGCGGCCUAUGAGUCCCAGCUCGUCAUGUUUCUUUUUACCGAGUAUAUUUGUCUUCUACUGUUUACUUUACGCCAAUAAUGAGCUUCCCUUGAAUUUUCUCAAGGUUCUAACUUUAUUCGUUAGAAUAUUGAAAUCCAGUGCUUUUCUGGAGUAUUGACUCAA